AGCACACACACACACACACACACACACACACACUGAGUGAGUUUAGUGAGCAGGAAGACACCCUUUAGAUCUGCUGAAAUGAGGGAGAACAGUGUACCCCGGAUUAUCGUCAUCAUCUUGUGUACGCUGGUGUUUGUUGCGGUGUUGGUUGUGAACGCUUUGGCUGGAACGGAAAAAGGUCCCUUCCACUCCACUACAGGAAAUGUGUCAGCUCGCUAUGAGACCAACAUCACUCCAGCCGGCUGGACCUUCUCCAUCUGGGGGGUCAUAUACACCUGGCUCACCCUGAUGGUCUUAUACCUGACUUCCUAUGUCUUCAGAGGAUCCUGGGCUCAGAGCCUGCUGCCCUACGCCUUCUAUUUCUGCUGGCUGUGCAACAUGGUGAUGAACAUAAUCUGGCUGGUGCUGUGGGACAGAGAGGCGAUGCUGGCAGCUCUGGUUGUGUUGAUCUUGAUCACCAUCUCCAACUACUGCGCUCUGUUCUUCUGUUGCUUUGCCACCGAUUACUACGGACUGUGGUUACAGACGUACCAUCGCAAAGACCUGUUCUGCCUCAGAGCACUGGUCCAGAACGGUCUGGCUCUCUACACCACGUGGACCUCCAUCGCCUCGCUCAUUAACUUCUCAUUGGUACUUCACCUGUGGGGCGUGGACAAGAGCACGGCCGCCACCGCCUCUCUGUGCAUCCUGUUUGGAGAGGUGGUGACAUGGUUCAUCCUGGAACACUGGGUACUGGACCGCUGGGUGCGUUACAUCCUGACCGUCUAUCCCGUGGUGAUUGUGGCUCUGGUCGGAAACAUCCUGAAACAUUUUAACCCAGACGAUCCAACUCCAAACUCUGUGUUCAUGGUCGUCCUGCUGGUGUUGGCGUGUGUCCUGCUGCUGUUCCGACUGUGCACCGUCAUCUGGAGAAACUACUGGCGGCCUCUCCACUCCCCCGGCUCUGCACGGCUCAUGAUAUCGCCCCUCGACGGCAGCAAAUUCAGGAUGUUCUCCUAAACAUCACCUCAUGUGUCACUGCUGCCUUAAAACCAAUUUUCUUACCUUAGCUUUUUACUUUGUGGAUUUAAAGUUUGUUUCUGUCGAUGAAGGGUUAAUUAUCUGGAGAAGGACCUCAAAACUUUACUCUCACCUCUUUUUGGAACUUAAACUGUUUUUAAUAAAAAAGCUUUGAAAAACGUAUGAAUGCAACAACUUAAUACCACUUAAACAAUAAUGAAUCUAUAUUUGAAGUACUUUUGUAUAAAUAAAUGUUUGACAUUUGA